AUGGCCUACACGGUUGGUAAUAAUCUGCGUAAAAAGUUGGUGAUUGUCGGGGAUGGUGCAUGCGGGAAAACGUGUUUGUUGAUUGUAUUUUCAAAGGGACAAUUUCCGGAAGUUUACGUUCCAACAGUGUUUGAAAACUACGUUGCAGAUGUUGAAGUUGACGGGGUACAUGUGGAGUUGGCGUUGUGGGAUACUGCUGGACAAGAAGACUAUGACAGACUGCGGCCUUUAUCGUACCCGGACUCCAACGUUGUUAUUAUUUGUUUUUCGAUUGAUUUACCUGAUUCGCUUGACAAUGUCCAGGAGAAAUGGAUAGCGGAGGUCUCUCACUUUUGUCAGGGCGUUCCAGUAAUUUUGGUUGGUUGCAAAGUAGAUUUGCGUGAGAACCCCCAAGCAAUUGAAACCUUGCGGGCCAUUGGACAAAGCCCCGUGACUACGGCUCAAGGUGAAGCAGUGGCCAGUAAAAUUGGUGCAGUUUCUUAUCUUGAGUGUUCUGCUAAGACUGCCUUUGGGGUACGCGAAGUUUUCGAGACAGCCACGAGAGCGGCACUCGGAGGGAAAAGACAGUCGAAAGCUAUUGCUAACACAGGAAGCGCCGUUGUUAAAAAGAAGAAAAAAUGUGUGCUCCUUUAA